AUGGCACCUUCAACACCAGAUCAAAUACUAAAUACAUCGUGGACCUUACACCGUCUAUCACCUCUACACCAUGAAACAGAAUUCCCAUCUCUCCUGGACAACCCAGAAGCUCUAAAAGUCUACGCAAACCGCUUGCGCGAUCAACUCACCGGGAACGUGCUAGCCGGAUUUCAGGUUGGCACGAGCGCACCCUCCACAGAGGAAGACACGCUCUCCAGAACUGGCGCUCUCAAAAACUGCACUUGGGAAGCUAUAUCAAGCCUCGCGUUAGAAACUUCCAAUACUCCUCAUCCCGGGAACCCAUGCGGAAUCCUCGUGGUACUGGAGUACGAAAACAUCACCUAUAAAGCAGCAUUGCUUGCACCAGAGGGAUCCCAUUCGCGUAAAACCUCCACAUAUCUCCCGUUACUGUUAACGCGGUUACCGGGCCCGCUACGACAAACGUUUAUCUCUUUCCUCUCUGCGAAUUUUGACACUUACUGUUCUGUUUUUCGCCUCCCUUCGCAGUUUUUGUGUGCCGGACUUGCGUCUUACUUGGACGCUUUGACGCAAGGCCGCGACAGAGAAUGGGCGACUUCACGGGCUAUUCUGGAGGAUGUCGUAAAGGAGAUACAGAUUACAGUGUCAUUCUCUACUAAUGUGGCUCCUGAUUUGAGGUCCCUCAAUAUCAAUAUCCCGCGGGGCUCUAUCAAGAGUUUUUUGCCUGUUACUGGGGACUCGAAUCAACCGAGUGGCUCUAUCCUCUCGGCUGUCUCUUCUUACAUUGAGCAGCAUCUCGCGAUGGAUCUGGAUCUAGCUGGCUCAUCAGCUAAGGAUAGUCCGGCAAGAAAACAUGUGCGUAUCAGUAAGAUCGCAUGUAACGGGUUCGUUCUAGGCGCUGAAGGAAAGAUGAAACUUGUUGCGCAGCCUACCCGAGCUGGGUCUGCUGGUGAUGAUUCGGCUGAAAAUGAUGAUGCUCAGAACGAGAAGAAGCGCCUUGCGUUACGAGCUAGUGAGGUGCUACUUCUCUCUGUCAUUCGCAGGAGCCUUGUCGGGGGGAAUCAAGAAAGUUGA